AUUCUUAUUCUUCUUCUUCUCAUACCUACUUCAACUUCAAAAAUUCAAUCUUUCUUCACUUUUCUAGCUGUAUCUGCAGUGCACACACUACAUUUUUUUUUUCUGUCCCAAAACAUUCCUCAACAAAAUUAAAAAAAAAAAAAAUCCAAACUUCCAAAAAUUCCAAACUCAAGAAAACCGCCAUCUCCCUCUCUCUCUCUAGGAUCACACCCCACCCCUUUUCUCUCUCCUAUUUCUUUUUUCUUUGUCUAUGAAGCUUUUUCUAUAACGAAGCCUACAAUUUUUGACCCUGAAUCCAACACUUCGAUUCACUGUGACUGUGUUUGGAAGAAUGGUGUUGGAGAAUGAGAUGAAGAAAGCUUGCUGGUUCUAGCACUCAAGUAGGAAGAGGGAGGGUAGUAUCUUCAUGGCACCGAAGCAGCGCGUGUACCAAGUUUGGAAAGGAAGCAAUAAAUUCAUAUUUGGAGGGAGGCUGAUAUUUGGGCCUGAUGCUAGGUCGCUUCUCAUCACCUUGUUAUUGAUUCUUGUUCCAGUUAUCAUCUUUUGCGUAUUUGUAGCGAGGCAUCUUCGGCAUCAAUUUUCUUCAUAUGAUUCAGGAUAUGCUAUUCUAGUGGUGGCAAUUCUAUUUACUUUUCUUGUGUUGAUGCUUCUCUUCCUUACUUCCUCACGUGAUCCGGGCAUUAUUCCAAGGAAUUCACAUCCACCAGAGGAAGAGUUUCGCUACGAAUCUGUUGAUGGUGGGGGUGGCCGACAAACGCCUAGCCUUCAGUUUCCCCGAACAAAAGAUGUAAUAGUCAAUGGCCAUACUAUAAGGGUGAAGUACUGUGAAACUUGUAUGCUGUAUCGACCUCCGCGUUGCUCGCAUUGCUCCAUUUGCAACAACUGUGUUGAGCGUUUCGACCACCAUUGUCCUUGGGUGGGACAAUGUAUUGGUCUGAGGAACUACCGUUACUUCUUUCUAUUUGUUUCUUCAGCAACUCUACUCUGCAUCUAUGUCUUUUCCAUCUCAGCUUACUACAUCAAGGUUCGGGUGGAUAACUACGAUGGCACAGUUUGGAAGGCAAUGAAAGAAUCCCCUGCAUCUGUGAUACUCAUGGCUUAUUGUUUCAUCUCUCUGUGGUUUGUUGGUGGACUAACUGGUUUUCAUUUGUACCUUAUAGGCACAAACCAGACUACCUAUGAAAACUUCCGGUAUAGAGCUGACAGCAGGAACAAUGUUUUUAAUCAGGGAUGUUUAGGUAACUUUCUAGAAGUGUUUUGCACAAAAGUAAAGCCCUCUAGGAACAAUUUCAGGGCCUUUGUUCAAGAGGAGGUAAGGAGGCCACCUGUUCCGGUCACUCCUCGGGAACAUGAACUGGAUGAUUUGGAUGGAGAUCGCCGUCCCAAAGUUGAAGAUGAUCUAGAUAUUGGUGAAGACCUAUUGAAGAUAUCGCAGCGUAGGAAUAUUGAAGAGCUUGACGAGGACAUUCAGAGCAGAGGGAGCAAUGGACCACCUCAUAAUACAUCUGAACCUGACUCCAUUUUGUCAUUAGAUCAUCGAGCUCCCACGAUUCGGUCGGAUGCUAGGCGUUCGAGUUGGGAAAAGAAUGAAGGCUUGGAAAUUGCACAGCAGGUUCUUGCCGAUUCAAAUGUCACCGAAAGCAGAAGCUAUCUAACAACCUCCGGAAAUGUGCCGACCAGGGCCGGUCGGUCUUUAUGAUAUUUGCAUAGCGUCAAGAUUGUGGGAUUACUUGGAGACAAAAGAUAGCAAAGGAAACGGUCCUUGUCCAGAGUUGCCAUAACACAAGUGAGAGUUGAAUUAGUUGGCACUUUUAGUAUAAAACUUUCACCUUUUUUUGUGAUUACCUUAGCUCUUUGGGAAAGCAUAGAAAUGUUUGUUUGUAAUUGUUUGAGAGGACAAAGAAAGUAGUGUCUUGUUUUUAUGGUUAAUUUUGUUUUAUUUUAUUUUUCAAAAUUUUCAACAGAUCAAUAUGUUGUGGAUCACUGGAUCUUAUAUUCUUAUCUUAGUUGGCUUUUAUUCUUUGUGUAAAUAACCAGUUGGGAAUACUUAAGAAGUUGCCCUACAAAUGCUGUGUUUUAGGCCUGG